GCCGAUCUCCCUGCCUGGAAUUCUGAGUUUCUUCCCGACGGGCAGAUUUUACCGCAGACCCAGGACUCGCUUUUGGGAGAGGACCGCCUGCCUCUGCUGGGAAGCGCGCUGCCUGGGCAAAGGACAGCGGCUGGCGCUCUGUCGAUCGCUGCCCGCUUGGUGCAUUCGUCCUGUCAGUGUGUGAGGCUUUCUAGAUGUGGAAAUUCCCAUUGUCUUCCGCCACUGGGGCCUUUGGUGCUCCAUGCGCUCCUGUAGAUGGGAGCAAUGGGAACGGCCACAGGAGUUGACUUUCGGCCACAGGUCUAGGACUGGAGCCGCCAGCUUUUUCAGAUAAUGAGCACGAACGUACAAUUUUGCAGUGUUAGAAUAGGGGCAAAAAACUUGUAAAACCGAUCUUGCGUUUUGGCUGUUGUCGCAUUUGAUUUGUGAGAUGGGCCUAACCAGAUUAUACGGAUGUUACAGUGCUUAUGAGUGACAUAUUUCCAACCCCUAAUGGAGGAAAUGAUAAAGAACUUAGAAAUAGAAUCAGGAUAAGAUAGGAUGCCUGUAAACAAACUGCAAAACUAUACUGGGCAUUUUCCAUGGGGAAGAUGUUGUGAAUUUAAAAAACUUAGCUCCCUCUUUAAAAAAAAUGAGUCGCCGCUGCAUAAGUUUCAGAUGUCUCACCCACCGUUCUGAUAAUCAUAUGUAGGGAUUCUAGCUGUAGAUUUAAAAAAAAAACUUUUUGUUAGGCGGGGGCCCUGCUUUUAUGGUAUGCUGGGGAGGAAGGGCACAGCAGCGACUCACUGACAGGAUCCCCACAAUUAAGGAGGCUUGGCCUGCCUGGGACAGUAGGAGAAUGGUGGGUUCUAAAUCUCUUUUCUUACACAAUGCCGAAAUUCUGGUGGAAAAGAAAUCCAUCUUCUUAGCAUUCAUGUUAUUUUACUGCCUGAGGAUUUAUUCUGUCGGUUUGGGUUUUCUGUUACAUUAACAUUCUGUUAAUCCAGAAAUGUGGAAGAACUGAGCAUAUUUUUGGUCUUGGGAGAAUAAUCUGAGAAGGCAGGAGUGAUGGCAGUGAGUACUCCCAAGAAGAGGAUCUUGGAUGCAAUUGGUUAUGGAUAUUAGAAUGCAUUCCAAGAAACAGAGGUGUUCCAUGUCCACCAACCAUUCUGCAACACUGUUUAUUGGUAUUAAUAUUGUACUGCCAUUUGCAUUAGCUGCUCUUAAAGGCCUCUGUGGCUGUUUUGACUUUCCUCUACAUUGCUUAUGCAUAGAGCGUUUCAGUUGAUUGCUUGUGUAGUGUGCAUCUUUGAUUUUAUGUGUAACUUGUCUGACACCUAUUCUCUUCCAGAAGAACUAAAACUCCUAGGAAACAUGCAUUAAAAAAGGCAUCUAACAAUAGUUUGAAGGAUCCUGUUGGGGUGUAUUGCCGAGUGCGCCCAGUCAGUGUGCCAGACCAAGAGUGUUGCAUAGAAGUGAUCAGCAGCACAACAGUGCAGGUUCACCCACCUGAUGGAUACCGCAUUGCCCGUAAUGGGGAAUAUAAAGAGGUUCAGUAUUCAUUUAAAGAAGUGUUUGGCACCAGCAUUUCUCAGAGACGGGUGUUUGAUGUGGUUGCUAAACCUCUAGUGGAAGAUCUUAUCCAUGGAAAAAAUGGCCUCCUUUUUACAUAUGGAGUCACGGGGAGUGGAAAAACGCACACUAUGACAGGAUCCCCUGGUGAGGGAGGUCUGCUUCCUCGCUGCUUGGACAUGAUCUUCAACAGCAUAGGGCCUUUUCAGGCCAAGCGCUAUGUUUUCAGACUCGAUGAUAAGAAUGGGGUUGAGGUGCAAUGUGAAGUGGAUGCUUUACUUGAACGCCAGAAAAGAGAAGCACUUCCGGUCCCCAAGACACCAGUGGGCAACAGGCGGCAAAUAGACCCGGAAAUUGCUGACAUGAUCAAUGUGCAAGAUAACUGUAAGCUGGAAGAUGUUGAUGAAGACAGUGUCUACAGUGUGUUUGUGUCUUACAUUGAGAUCUAUAAUAACUACAUCUAUGACCUUUUGGAUGAAUCCCCUUUUGAUCCCACCAAACCAAAGUGGAACAACUGUGGCACUCCACUGCGGAAUGCUGACCUCACGUUUCCUCAAUCCAAAAUUCUCCGUGAGGAUCAAAAUCACAACAUGUACGUUGCAGGUUGCACCGAGGUAGAAGUCAAAUCUACAGAGGAAGCCUUUGAAGUCUUUUGGAGAGGUAAGAAAUUGAGCUAUUUCCUGAAA